AUGCAGUAUCCGAUUAUUACGGUACCGAAAGGUCAAUUCACUAUUAUUGAUGGUUUCCUAAUCAAUCUCAAUAGCAAAGUUGUUACAGACUUAUCAUCAGAUGACAGUAAAACAACGCUAACACCUGGUGGUUGGUACUUGCUGAAAAAUACUUACAAUCCAAUGUCUUUAACGAAACUAUACUUUAUUGACUCAAAUUAUAUGUUUACUAAUAAGAGUGUACUGCUUUGGAUAUUGAAACCAUACAUCUAUGUCAAGUUUUGUGAAAGGAAUAGCAAAUACUACUGUGAACCAUGUACCAGGCAUCAAGCCACUCAUAAAGCUAUAUCUAUUCCCAUCGUAAGGUUAGAAGAGACUGUGAGUAAAUAUAUGGUCUUAGAGGAACCAUUAACGGGCACACAGGAAACACACAGCGGGCCCUUUAACCAACAAUUAAAAGAUCAACAAGUUUGCGAAACUCUAAACACAGAACAAACCACAACAAAUAAUUCUGAUAUAUCUAUGGAUCAGCUAAAAGGUUUCUCUCUACCAGAUGUCAAAUAUAUUCCUGAACAUUAUUUCAUCAAGAUCAAACCACCUAUUACCCGACUUAAAAUCAAGAAUUUAGAAAAGAAAGAAGAACAAGACAAGGUCAAAGAAUUGGAAGUCUUACAACGAAGUUUAUUUGAUAUGAGUUUAGAGAAGAACUACUGGCGACUUCGAAAAAUGAAAGAGUAUUUUUCUCAGACGGGAGAUCCGAAGAUGACUUUGUUACGUUUAAACUAA